AUGCCUCCAAAACGUAAGGGCAACGCAGUAACUUCACCAAAGCCUGCGAAGAAAGCCAAGACCGGCGGCACUCCUACGCGCACAUCCCCGCGAAAAUCCCCGCGCAACAAGAAGAGCGGUAGUGAGACACCACCCGCAACCAGUACCGGCAAGAAGCCGAGGAAGCCAGCGCAUCCCGGGUCAAAAGCAGUCAAAGCCCCAGACGAAGACGCUAACUUCGAAUGGGAGAUUCUAGACGGCGACGAACGCUCGACGCUCGUCGUCGGUGAGGCCCAGACAAAGCGACUAACACUCAAGUUCCACCAUAGACAUGACAAGAACGAGUCAGAUCGAACCUUUAAGUACGACAGGAGGGGAGAGAAAGAGAUCAACUGGAAUAACAAGGACCACAUCAGAGACAUCAACAAAUGGCGCAACCAAAUCUUCGUCCAGAACAUGAAGUUCCCACCCAAGGUCACACACACACCAUGGACUCCCUUCGAGACCGCCUAUCUCGAGCUGUUCCACGAGAAGCUUCUGGAAGCUGCUACUGGCAAGACAGACACCUUCGUGGCGCCACAUAACGAGCUCAUAUUUGAAGCAUUCAACGACUACUUUGAGGGCCGCACUGACGUUCCUGACAAGAGCGGCGAACCAAUGGAAGAGGCUCUGGGUACGAGGCCCCCGGGUGGGCUGAAUUCGUACCUCAACCGUGCUGGUACCAAAAUUCGUGGCCUGCGAGAUCGUAUGAGAGCACUCGAGCCUAAGCUCAAGAAGAGCAAGAAGGAGGAUGCUUGGAUGCCCACCAUCACGGACGACGAGAUCGAGCAGUAUAUCAAAGGAGAGUGGGAGUCUGCUGUUGAUACUACUGCCGCUGUCGUUACUGCUACCGCUGAUGAUGAUGGCGAAGAAGAAGAAGAAGAAGAGGACGAAGAGCAAGCUGAGGAUGAAGGUGAAGAUGAAGAUGAAGAUCAAGCUGAAGACGAAGACAACGGUAAUGUCUCCGAUGGUUCUACUCUCACCACACCACCUGAAACGGACGAAGAACUUGAAAGCAUGGAGAUUGCUGAACGCGAACGUCAAGCUAAGCGUCUGAUAAUCAAGCUUAAGCUCAAACCCAGCACAGCCAGCAAGUUUCCUGGAAGCAAACGUCCAACCACCAAGCCUACGGCCAUCAAGCCUACGACAACCAAACCUACGACAACCAAGCCUACAGUCACCAAGCCUACAACAACCAAGCCUAUAACCAGCAAUCCCGCAUCAAACACGCGGAGUACUGGUAAGGCCACCUCGGGCAGGUCAAGCACCCGUUCUUCUUCGCCACCUCCCCGAGAGAAAAGCACCAAGAAGACGAGCCCCACCAAGAAGACGAUGACUGAUCCACGGAAAGCAACGGAAGCGCCCGAACCGAAAUCAAAGCCGCGAGUUGUUAAGCCCGUUGAGACACCACCAAUACCCACCCAUCCAGACGUCAUUGCCGAUCUCAAGGCUAAGGGCUACACAUGGACCGAACUACCCAAGAACAAUGAGGAGGCGAUUAAGGCGCAUCGGGAAGCGCAGAACGCGAAGCCUAGUGAGAAUGCGUGGAUCGAACCAACCAAGAAGAACCUGGAAGACCGUAUUGGGAGGCAGACAAGUGCGGAUUUUAAUCGCGAGUUCUUCAACAAGGAUCUGAAAGAGAAAUAUGAGGGCAAGGGCAAGAUGGUCAACGUGGAGGAUUGGUACGAGAAAUCUGCACGCAGAGCCGGAGCGGCGGAAGUUACGGCCUUGCUCAACACCGCUGAUAUUCCACCACUCGGUUACACAGGUGACAUCCGGGAUCUCCACAAGAAGAGGCUGUUAUCGGAGGACGAACUCGAGUUGGCUGACGCACGCGAAGUUGCCAUCCCUCGAAUGCACGAAGCAGUCGAGCGCGCGCGCCAGAUGAAGGUCAAGGAGGAAUCUGACAAAGACCCUAACUUGAAAGCGAAGCAUGAUCGGGCUACAGCUAUGCAAAAAGAUGUGGCCUACGAUUCAGACAUCACGACCUCGGGGGAAGAUACGGAUGAGGAGGCAUAA